ACGACUGAGAGAACUCUUCUGCCCGCCCUGUCGCCCCCCAACAAGACUCAUACCUACUCGGAUACCCCGCAAACGAUCUCACGACCCCACGCAUGUCAUCGAGGUCAUCGUCUAAAGAAUCGCAGCCGUUGCUCCGUGACUGUGAUCAGGAGCCUUCUUAUGACUCCGUGCAGGCCUCAGAGUCAAACUUACAGCCUGAGAAUGAUGACCCACCGCCGUUGAACCAAGUCUCCCGCACUGAUCUUUUUUGGAUCCUUUCAGGUCUUUGGAGCGCGGUCUUCCUUGGAUCCUUGGAUGGUACAAUUGUGGCAACGCUUCUGUCACCAAUAGGAAGCUACUUCAAUAAAUCUGAACAGUCUUCGUAUCUGGGGACAUCAUACUUGCUCUCAGUAUGCUGUUUUACUCCUCUGUACGGCCGACUAUCAGACAUCUUAGGUCGCAAGGGAGCCAUGCUUCUCGGACUGUCUUUAUUCGGAUCGGGUACCAUCGCAUGCGCAUUCGCUCCCUCUAUGGAGGCAUUGAUUGUCGCGCGCGCCGUCGCAGGAAUGGGCGGUGGAGGAGUGAUGACAGUCAGCAGUAUCGCUGUCAGCGAUCUAGUACCCUUGAAACACCGUGGCCUAUAUCAAGGAAUGACUAAUAUUUUGUUUGGUUUGGGCGCCGGCCUCGGCGGCCCAUUUGGAGGGUGGGUAAAUGAUACCCUGGGGUGGCGGGCAGCAUUUUUAUUACAGGCGCCGUUGUUGCUUAUAUCUUUUACUUUGGUCGCUCUCAAGGUCAACAUAAAGUUGCCCAAUGAGAUCCAGGCACAAAGCACAUACUCCAAAUUGCAGCGCAUUGAUUUCAUGGGAUCGUUUACCUUAGUUGGCGCGGUCGCCGGAUUGUUGCUUGGCUUCAGUCUUAAGACUACUGAGGAACUUCCGUGGUCACACCCCCUAAUAUGGGGGCUUUUCUGCACCAGCGCGGUUUUCUGGGUCGCCUUCAUUUUAGUGGAGGCUUAUUGGGCGCCGUACCCUGUAAUGCCCCUGCGUUUAAUUACGCAACGCACCCCGUUAGCGGUCUCUCUGGCCAACUUUUUGGCUUCUAUAACUGCUUUUUCGACGAUAUACAACGUCCCUUUGUAUUUCUCUGCUGUUAGGCUAGACUCAUCGACGAAUGCCGGUCUACAUUUGCUUCCUCAUUCUAUUGCUCUAUCCACGGGAAGUAUGCUCGCAGGCUGGAUGAUGCGGCGAACAGGCAAACUGUAUUCCUUAACGUUAGCCUCUGUUGGCUUGACCAUCACUGCCAGUAUUUUCCUCGCCCUGUGGGACGAUAACACGUCGCAGUACCAUCUAUGGCUAGACAUUGUCCCACAGGGUUUUGGAAUGGCCAGCUUAAUCACUACUACGCUAAUUGCAAUGAUCGCGGGCGUUUACAAGGAAGAUAUGGCCGUCGCAACCGGUAUCACAUAUCUUUUCCGAACAACUGGUCAGGUUCUCGGUGUUAGUUUAUCAGGGGCUGUGGUCCAGAACAUUCUGCUCAGAAAAUUGCGCCAGCGAAUUACUGGACCUGGUUCAUCAGAGAUCAUCGAGGAGAUACGACACUCGAUAAGCUCGAUCCCUGACCUCGCGCCUGCACUCAGAAAAGCAGCAGUCGAGUCUUACGCCGAUGCCCUCCGUGUUGUUUUCAUUUGUCAUAUUGCGAUCAAUAUUCUCGUUUUUAUUGCAUGCGUACCCAUCGAGGAGCACCCCCUACCAGGAACACACCAAGAGCAAGAAGAACAUUACAGGAACCAACAAAUUGGGCAAAAUAACACUGCUUCAACAGUAGACUCACCUUAGACAUUCAUUUGACUGACUGACCGGCGUGUCGUUACUCCUCAAUCAUUCCUGUGACACCCAAGCACGUUGGUACCACAUUCUGUACUCAUUAGACACCCCCCAAACC